UUACUGGACGUGUUUGUCUUGGUCCUCCUGCAGCUGGGGGGCCUGACCCUGCUCGCCAUGGGGAUCUGGGUGAGCGUGGACGGGAGCUCGUUCCUGCAGCUGCUGGGGCCGUUCUCCAGCCAAGCCAUGCAGUUCGUCAACGUGGGCUUCUUCUGCAUCGCCAUCGGGAUCGUGCUGGUGCUGCUGGGGCUCCUGGGCUGCUGCGGGGCCCACAAGGAGAGCAAGUGUCUGCUGCUCACGUUCUUCUCCAUCGUCCUCAUCAUAUUCAUCGCUGAAGUGGCAGCAGGAGUCGUGGCUCUGGCCUACUCUUCAUUCGCCGAGGGGAUCCUCAGAGCGUGGGCGACUCCUACUUUACAGAAAGAAUACGGCAGCGAGCCUGUGGUCACUAGGAUCUGGAACACCACCAUGACCGAGCUGAAGUGCUGCGGCUUCAACAACUACACAGACUUCGUGGGUUCUUCGUUUGAAAAGGAGAACGGAGGCAGCCUGCCGCCCAACUGCUGCUGGGCCCACAGCGCCCCCUGCACUCCGGGCGAGGCAGAGCGCAGCAACGUGCAGGGCUGUUUCCAACACAUCCUGGAGACGCUCAAAGAACACGCCAACAUCGUGGGAGGGAUCGCAGCAGGGAUUGGAGUCUUGGAGAUUGCCGCCAUGAUCGUGUCCAUGUACCUGUACUGUCACCUGGACAACAGAGUGAGCUGAGGCUCCGUCAGAGAAACACGACGGACACGACGCAGAUGAAUCACACGUGGUUCAGAUUUAAAAUCAACAUCAUUUAAUAAUGUCACGUCCGUGUUCUGAAACGUGCUUUCUGGUGUUUCUUGUCUUUCAGGGAAGCAUCUGUAGUUUCACUAUGACGUCAUGUUAACCCCAUAAAUAAGAUCCUUCUGUUUUUAU